UUAUUCCCAUCAGUUAGAAGAUUAUUAAAGGAAUAUGGUAUCAAUAAUAGUAAGGAUGUUAAAGCUACAGGUCAAAAGAACAGAUUAUUAAAAGGAGAUGUUUUAAAAUAUAUCAAUUCAAAGAGUUUAAAACCAUUACCAAAAGAUAAAUUAAUACCACCACACUCAGCAUCACCAUCGACUACUACUACUACUACUACUACUACAGCAUCAAAACCAGAACCACAGUUAAAUACAAUUAUAAAUAAACAAACUAAUCAUAAAGUUAUAUAUGAAGAUAUUCCAAAUAAUAAUGUAAGAAGAGUUAUUGCAACCAAAUUAACCCAAUCAAAACAACAAGUUCCACAUUUUUAUAUGACUGUCGAGUGCGAAUUGGAUAAAGUUUUAGAGUUAAGAAAAACAUUACCUGAUAAUGUCAAGGUUUCAGUAAACGAUUUUGUACUCAGAGCAUGCGCUUUGGCUCUUAGAGACAACCCAUUAGCAAAUGCCAAAUGGUCAGAUAAAGAAGGUCAAGUCGUUAUGAACAAUAGUGUCGAUAUUUCAUUCGCUGUUUCCACUGAUCGUGGUUUAAUUACUCCAAUCAUUGCAAACACUGAUAAAAAACAAUUGGGCCAAAUUGCUACCGAAGCUAAAGAGUUGGCUGGAAAAGCUAGAGAUGGUAAAUUAAAACCAGAAGAAUUUAUUGGUGGUACUUUUAGUGUUUCAAAUUUAGGUAUGUUUGGAAUUUCAACCUUUUCAGCAAUUAUUAAUUACCCACAAGCUGGUAUUUUAGCUAUUGGCACAGGUAGAAAAGUUAUUAGAUCAGUUGUUUCAGAUGUUCCAUAUGUACCACCAACUAUUGCUAAUGUUGUUGAUGUUACUCUUUCUGGUGACAACAGAGUUUUCGAUGAUGAAAUUGCUGCCAAAUUCUUACAAUCAUUUAAAAAAUAUUUAUCAAAUCCA